GCAGGCGCAGUAGCAGUCUCCUAUAUCCGAGAGAGACAGACGGUGCCAGCUGCUAGCUAACUUAGCUCUAGUAGACAGUUAGCAACUAGCUUCAGAGUCCUAGCGCCUUAACUACAUAUGAGACACUGAGCAAGAGUGUGCGUGCGUGUGUGUGACAGCGCGUGUGUCGACGCGCCCGCUUGGCUGUCCUGAAGUCAGACCGUGUGUGUAGUCUACCUGUGUGUGUGUGCGCGACUGUGUGUGUAUAUAUAAACUCCCAUAUCUCCCUCUUCCGACCAGCAGUGUGUCUGUUGUGAGGUUAGCACGCAGGGAAGCAACAUAUAAACACACUCUGAUACUCGAUUGUUUACAUUCGGUGUCCGGUUACUUGCCAGAUCGGGAUUUACUGUCACCGACACAGCACCAGCAUAAUGUUGCGGUUCACUGUAGUGCGAGGCGGCCUCGGGCUGCUGGCUGUGAGGAGGACGUGUGUCUCCCCGCGCUUCUCGCACUCCUCCCCGCAGAGCAACAUCCGACCAAUCAAGAAAGUGAUGGUGGCCAACAGAGGGGAAAUCGCCAUCCGUGUGUUCAGAGCCUGCACCGAGCUGGGGAUUCGAACCGUGGCCGUCUACUCGGAGCAGGACACCGGACAAAUGCACAGGCAAAAGGCGGACGAGGCUUACCUGAUUGGAAAAGGCCUUGCACCUGUAGCAGCAUACCUGCACAUUCCUGACAUCAUCCAAGUGGCCAAGGACAACAAUGUGGACGCCAUCCACCCUGGCUAUGGGUUCCUCUCUGAGCGGGCGGACUUCGCUCAGGCCUGCUCAGACGCUGGGGUAAUGUUCAUCGGACCAAGCCCAGAGGUGGUCCGCAAGAUGGGAGACAAGGUGGAGGCUCGGGCCCUGGCCAUCAGUGCAGGUGUACCUGUGGUCCCGGGGACCGAGUUACCCAUCAGCUGCCUGCACGACGCGCAGGUGUUCGCAGAAACGUACGGCUUCCCAAUCAUCUUCAAAGCAGCAUACGGAGGAGGAGGCCGCGGCAUGAGGGUGGUCAGAGAGUACGAGGAACUUGAGGAGAAUUACCAGCGGGCCUACUCCGAAGCCCUGACGGCUUUUGGGAACGGAGCCCUGUUUGUCGAGAAGUUUCUGGAAAAGCCAAGACAUAUUGAAGUACAGAUCCUGGGCGAUAAAUAUGGAAAUGUCAUCCACCUCUACGAGAGAGACUGCUCCAUUCAGCGGAGACACCAGAAGGUUGUGGAAAUCGCACCGGCGUUCCAACUGGACCCUCGCCUGAGAAACCGACUCCACACUGACGCCGUGAACCUCGCCAAACUGGUGGGCUACGAGAACGCGGGCACCGUGGAGUUCCUGGUGGAUCGACAGGGCAAACACUUCUUCAUCGAGGUCAACUCUCGACUGCAGGUUGAACACACGGUCACUGAAGAAAUCACCGAUGUGGACCUGGUGCAUGCCCAGCUGCAUGUGUGUGAGGGCCGCAGCCUGCCUGAUCUGUCCCUCAAACAGGAUAAGAUCAGAGUGAAUGGCUGCGCCAUCCAGUGCAGAGUGACCACUGAGGACCCGUCCAGAGGCUUCCAGCCCGACACCGGCAGAAUCGAGGUUUUCCGAAGCGGUGAAGGCAUGGGCAUCCGCCUGGACAGUGCCUCGGCGUUCCAGGGAGCUGUCAUUUCCCCCCACUACGACUCCCUCUUGGUAAAAGUCAUCGCCAGCGGGAAGGACCUGCAGACUGCAGCCUCCAAGAUGAGUCGAGCCCUGGCCGAGUUCAGAGUGCGAGGGGUCAAGACCAACAUCCCGUUCCUGCAGAAUGUGUUUUCCAACUACCAGUUCCUCAACUCCACCGUGGACACCCAGUUCAUCGACGAGAACCAGGAGCUGUUCAACCUCAAACCCACUCAGAACCGGGCCCAGAAACUGCUGCACUACCUGGGCCAUGUGAUGGUGAACGGACCAACCACACCCAUUCCAGUCAAAGCUAAGCCUUCCUCCAUAGACCCUGUCAUCCCUCCUGUUACCUUGGGCGACCCUCCGCUGGGUUUCCGUGACGUGCUGCUGCGUGACGGUCCGGAGGGAUUCGCCAAGGCUGUCCGUGCCCACCAGGGUCUGUUGCUAAUGGAUACCACCUUCAGGGAUGCCCACCAGUCGCUCCUGGCAACAAGGGUUCGGACCCAUGACCUGAAGAAGAUAUCGCCGUUUGUCAGCCACAACUUCAGCAAUCUCUACAGCCUGGAGAACUGGGGAGGUGCUACAUUUGACGUGGCCAUGCGUUUCCUGUCGGAGUGCCCAUGGAAGAGGCUCCAGGAGCUCAGAGCUUUGAUCCCAAACGUCCCUUUCCAGAUGCUGCUGCGAGGAGCAAACGCUGUGGGCUACACCAACUACCCCGACAACGCCGUCUUUAAGUUCUGCGAGGUGGCCAAGGAGAACGGCAUGGAUAUUUUCCGCGUGUUCGAUUCCCUGAACUACCUGCCCAACAUGCUGCUGGGCAUGGAGGCUGCUGGAGCGGCUGGCGGCGUGGUGGAGGCCGCCAUCUCGUACACGGGCGAUGUCUCCGACCCGAUGAGGCAGAAGUACUCUCUGGACUACUACAUGCAGCUGGCAGAUGAGCUUGUGAAAGCAGGAACUCACAUCCUCUGCAUCAAGGAUAUGGCCGGCCUGCUGAAGCCGCAGCCCAGCAAGCUUCUGAUUGGCUCUCUGAGAGACCGUUUCCCCGACCUGCCCAUCCAUGUGCACACUCAUGACACCGCCGGAGCCGGAGUAGCUGCCAUGCUGGCCUGUGCCGAAGCUGGAGCUGACGUAGUGGAUGUAGCUGUGGACUCUAUGGCCGGGAUGACCUCUCAGCCCAGCAUGGGGGCCAUGGUGGCCUGCGCCAAGGGGACCAAGCUCGACACCGGCAUCGCUCUGGAGAAGGUGUUCGACUACAGUGAGUAUUGGGAGGUAGCGAGAGGCCUGUAUGCUCCAUUCGACUGCACGGCCACCAUGAAGUCUGGCAACGCUGACGUGUACGAGAACGAGAUCCCCGGAGGACAGUACACCAACCUUCACUUCCAGGCGCACAGCAUGGGACUGGGAAAUAAGUUCAAGGAGGUGAAGAAGGCCUACACCGAAGCCAACAAACUCCUGGGAGACCUCAUUAAGGUUACUCCCUCCUCUAAGAUCGUGGGUGACUUGGCCCAGUUCAUGGUGCAGAACAACCUGACCAGGGCGGAGGUGGAGGAGAAGGCUGAUGAGUUGUCCUUCCCCCUGUCUGUGGUGGAGUUCCUGCAGGGAUUCAUCGGGAUACCACAUGGAGGAUUCCCUGAGCCGUUCAGAUCCAAGGUGCUGAAGAAUCUCCCUCGCAUUGAGGGUCGUCCCGGCGCCUCUCUGCCCGCCAUGGACUUCAAGUCCCUGGAGGAGGGGCUGCGGGCUGCACACAACGAUGAAAUCACCCCUGAGGAUGUGAUGUCUGCCGCCAUGUACCCCAAAGUGUUCCAGGAGUUUAAGGAAUUUACAGCUAACUUUGGUCCAGUGGACUGUCUCAGCACCCGGCUGUUCCUGGACGGACCCAAGAUCGCUGAGGAGUUUGAGGUUGAGCUGGAGAGAGGCAAGAUCCUGCACAUCAAGGCCCUCGCUCUGGGGGACCUGAACAAGGCGGGCCAGAGGGAAGUCUUCUUUGAGCUGAACGGACAGCUGAGAUCUGUGCUGGUGAAAGACACAGUCGCCAUGAAGGAAAUGAAGUUCCAUCCCAAGGCUCAGAAGUCUAUCAAGGGUCAGGUGGGAGCGCCCAUGCCUGGAAAAGUCGUGGAGGUUAAAGUGGAAGUUGGAUCCAAGGUGGAGAAAGGUCAGCCACUGUGUGUCGUCUCGGCCAUGAAGAUGGAGACCGUGGUCAACUCCCCGUUAGCCGGCACCAUCAAGGCGGUCCAUGUCAGGGCCGAUGCCUCCCUGGAGGGAGACGACCUGAUACUGGAGAUAGAGGAGUAGAGGGAGGACGAAGAGUAGGUGGGUAGUUAUAGUCUCUGACUCUGGAGUUGAGGUUGAGGAAUAGGGGGGACAAAAAAAAAAUACAGGAAUCCUCUUUGUUAAAAACACUUAUCUGUUGCAGUACUGACAUUUGUACAUAUUCUGGGGUUACAACAUGAGGCAAAGCUGCACACACCGGAUUGGUGUAAAUAGAAGAUUAUAUGAUGAUCCUAAUAUAUUAAUUUGAUGGGGAUUCCUUAAUGAACUGUACCACUAAUCAAACUAUAUUUAUCUCUUAGGCGUGGUGAUUAGUACCUCAGUACAUCUCUUACUGUCCUGUCAACUUGUGGAAAUUAACAUGUCUUAGUAAGACAUAGAUUUUAAUUGUUAUACAUUCCAUUUCUCAAUAGUCUUAAAUGUGAUGUUCAACAAACUGAGCUAAUCAUGUGUAAAACUGACAGGGUCCUAACAUAUACUUGCAAUUAAAUGCCACAAUUUCCAUUUCAACGCUGUUGAUGUUGCUAAAUAUAUUCAAAGUGCAUAGGUGAUACUUUAUAUUAAUGUUUUUCUUGGGUUUAGACAAGAUCUGCGUACGCUCUCCUUGUCACAGUGGAGUUGUAGCAUUAAGACUCACUUAUUUGUGUAGGGUAAACAUGUAAUACUGUUCUUUAGAAAGACGAUGAAGCACACAUCCUACGUCUUGCAUAGAAGGAAAAUCAAUUCAAAUACUGAGAGAAGAAGCAUAACAAAUGAAAUCACUGUUCAGGGCCAGAUGCUAAAAAACCUAUUUUGUUACUGUAUCAGUAAGAGUAGUUGGUAUAUUUUUUGAAAGAUCUUUUACUGGUGUUGGAAAUGUUUCCCCAUUCCUACCUGUCUUUAAAUCCCAUGAAGCUGUACACCAUUUUGGAAACGCGCAAACAAGAUUAGUCACGUGAUAUUUUUUAAGUAUAUCUACAACCAACUGAGCUCUAUCUGCUGGAUUUAAAAAGUGUUAAAUCACAGAGUGCUAAAGUUACUUUCUUUAAGGGUCCCAGAUUUCCAAAAGCUUUCAUAGCGCAGCUCCUCCCUCUUUUAACCAGGAGAGAUUAUGGAGAAGGGUCUGCAUGGGGACCCUUAAGGCUAGGUGAAAAUGGCAUUACAUGGUGGUGUAAUGGAGGCAUUUGGUGGAAUUUUCUGAGGCUCUGCUGACUAAUUUUAAAAUGAAUUCUCUGUCAAAUGAUGUGAAAUUAGCUGGACUAAUAAGAGACUCUGGAGACUACCAGUAGCAGCACUCAGCUUUAUAUUAUUAUAUUCUAAUGCGUGUGUGUGCUUGCAUAAAUGUGUGGCUCUGUCCAAGCAAAGUCAACCAGUCCUUAAAAUUCUGCACCUCCAGAGCUAAAAACAUUUCAUAAAAACACGCACUAAUGCAAAAAUAUACGCACUAACACUCCCAGCCCUUCUGCUGCUUAGACAAAAAACAGACUAAAUUGAAUGUGUGCGCCACCCUGACCAGUGAAAGUAGAUAAAUAAUUAGCUCUCAAAGUCAUUACAGUAGGAAAGGAAGAAUUAAGUGUUUGGAGCAAGAAAGGAUACAACACCCUACUUCCCAAAACAUCAAUACAGCUUUGAUGGACUAAUCGAGCACAAAUUUAAAGUCGGAUUGUUUUCGGGCAUUUUGCUCCAUUACCUCUGAGAUGAGACCCCCUUUUGAUCUAUGCAUCAAUACUAAGCAGUGACGCUGUGCGUAAAGGAAAAACUGAAACGUCUUCCCUCCAAGCCCACUGCCAUGCUUCACUGUACUCCUGGCUUUAUCAAUCUGGAUUGUAUGAAAGCGUUUUCAACAUGUUGCAAAAUAAUGUAAAAUCAAAUCAUAUCGUCUUCCUUCUCAACAAUGUAAAUGUUCACAUGUAAGAUGGUGGUCAUUUAAUGCAAUAAUGUAACUGUCGCAGUGAUUCUCUGUCUUAGCCAGCUGUGAUCAGAACUACCUUGUUUCUGAUAAUGUACUGCUGUUAUUGUCUGGGGUUCAAAAAGAAUAAAUGUGAGUAAAGCACACAACUGGAAGAUU